AUGCCCUCCCCAGGUAUCGAGACCGAUGUCAUUCUCAGAAUUCCGAUUCUCGUGAUGUUGCAGGACCCAGUUGCGAGCGAGUCGUGGGAGGGCGUCCGUGCAGGGUCCGAGCAACCGCCCCCCUGUCUGCAAGUGUCGCUGAUGCUGCCUCUCAUGGGGAUCCGCGUCUCUCUCGAUCAGCUGACGGGAUCUGAGGACUGUCUGUACCUCAAUGUCUUCACGCCGGCGGGUAGGGAGCCAGAGGAGAGGCUUCCAGUGAUGGUUUGGAUCCACGGGGGCGGCUACUUCUCAGGGGCCGCUGUGGAGUACCAGCCCCAGGUCCUUAUGAACCAUGACGUUGUCCUUGUUGUUGUGCAAUACAGGUUGGGCAUUUUGGGAUUCUUGUCUACGGAGGAUCAGGUGAUGCCUGGAAACUACGGGAUGAAGGACCAGGUCAUGGCACUCCGUUGGGUGCAGGAGAACAUCCACACCUUCGGGGGAGACAAAGACAGGGUCACCAUCUUCGGGGAGAGUGCUGGGGGCGCCUCCACCCACCUGCACAUGAUGUCGCCUAAAUCUACUGGGCUAUUCAAGAGAGCCAUCAUGCAGUCAGGAUCAGCAGUCGCACCAUGGGCACUAAGCAAGCGACACCUCGAAGCUGCCCAACACGCAGGCGAGACCUUGGGCUGCUUAGACACCUCCAAAAACGACGUUCUGCUGCGGUGCCUCCAAGCUGCAGACGCCAAGCAGCUGGUCGAGUUGUCUCAGGACUUUUUUGAGUGGUUCCUCUUCCCUAUGAGGAUGGGGCCGAGAGUGGACGGCGACUUCCUCCUCGACGACCCCGAGCUUCUGCUGCGGGAGGCAAAGCACGCUCGCGUCGACGUCAUCUCCGGGGUCACGGCGAACGAGGGGGCCUUCUUCAUCAACGCCUUGGAAGCCAACGAGAACACGCAACGGUCCUUGCAAGAGAAUUUUUCCGUCAGCGGUCCCAUCAGCCUUAAUCUGGACCCCGAAGACCCCGAUCCGGUCGCCAGCAGCACGAAAAUGUUCGAGUAUUACCUGGGGGACAUUGUCAUAGACGUCGACCACUAUGAGCAGCUUAUGGAGGUCGCGCCAAAACGUACUUCGCUCGACCAUCGCGCCGAGCUCACGUUCAGCGACCUUCUGAGCAAGGAGAGAAAAACGCAGUGGAUCUCCCACUGCGACGACCUCUUCUACCUGUUCCGCGGCGGGCCUUUCUUGCAGCAAGGUCGAAUGGAACUUCAAGACCUCGCCAGGGAAGAUGACCUCACACUCAGAGAAGUCAUCUUGAGCGCUUGGACCAACUUCGCGGCCACGGGAAACCCAACUCCAGAUAACACACUUGGAUUCGUAUGGGAGGCUGCCUCUGAGGACGACCUUCGCUAUUUGUCGCUGACGCCCACGCCCACAAUGCAAAAUGACCAGAGAAAGAAAUGCGGAAAUUCUUCGCGUCUCUGCCCGCGAGGCAAAACAAGCUCUUGUUUCCCGGCCAAGAAGACCAACAGGAGGAGGACGAGGACCUAGACCAAGAACAAGAGGAGGAGGACGAGGACGAGGAUAAGGACCAAGGACAUCAAGAGGAGAAGGAAGAAGACGAGGACCAAGAGGACGAGGACGACCUUGGCAUGGUGGAGGCCGAGGUUGCCUUCUCCAGGCAGUUUAACCAAGACGAACUAUAAUUUACCAGAAAGCAGGGGUUUUGCGGAAAUUUCUUUGGGGAAAGGAUUUUGAUAACCGGCGGUCCUUAACGCCGUUGGUUGGUUGAUCGUGAAGGUUACCUGUGCUUUCCUCUCUUCAGUUAUACAGCGUCAUCUCUCUUUAUCAUUAUACCUUUUUAACUGUGUCUCUUUGCCUUCCGUCCUAUCUCUCUGUCUUGAACUUUGUUUACCUUCCAUUUCAUCUCUUUACCUUCCUCUUUCCAUUCGUAUCCCAUUGCCUACCGGUUUAUCCUUUUACCUUCCACGUUAUCUCAUUACCUUCUGUUUCAUACCUUCCACUCUAUCACACUACUCAUCUUAUCUUCUUUAUCUUCCAUUCCAUCCUUUUCCUCUAUUACCCUUGAAAGGAAGGGACAGGCAAAUUAGGGAAGCCCAUUAAUCAAUCUUUAGGUGUUUGCUAAAUUGUUGGCGAGAGAAUUUUAUUUGUGUAUCAGUUUCAGUGUAAAUAUAUGCAGUGUGAUAUAGUUAUCCGUGUUAGGGCUGAGGAUAUGUUCAAACUUCCUUUUUAUAUGAGUAUUGCUUGAUAGAGAAAUGUUAAAAUCCAUGUUCAUGUGCCACACAAGUAAUGUUAAUAAAUGUCUUUGAUUA